ACUUUACUUCCGACACACACUGAACCAGUUCGUAUGAAUCUUACUGUCUAUGGUAUGAACUUGUCUAUGGUAUGAACACUGCAACUUCGCUGACUUAGUUGUUUGAAAACAGCCUGGUGCCUCACGAGGAUAUAUGGAGAGAAUAGAGUUGCCCCCACUGGGCCCUGCAGACCUGCCUCUUUCUUUGCUAGAGGUGGGAUGCUCUGGGAAAUUUGAACUCCUCACACGCCCUCUCCCCUCUCACCAGCCUCUACAUCCACUGACCACACUGCCCCAUGGACUGCCUCCGUUCAGUGUGGACUUACAGGCAGAGGUGGAGAAGCGUUUCCUGAGUGACCCAGCAUGGUUACCCAUCCAUGACACAGAUGCUGCUUUCCAGAAGUUUCUCAAACUGACCAAGAGAGGGAAGCAUUUGGACUCUCUUCUCCAAUGUCCCCCUACCCCACUGCACUCUGGUCUGUCCGUGGUGAGAGAUCCAACCACAGGAAUGCUGCUGGACUUCACAGAGGUGCCAUUGGAGAACACAGGUCUGUGUGCCAAGAACUCUCUCUCCCUGCAAAGGGCCCCAGGACCACCCUCAGAGAGCCUGCGAGGGAGCAACACCAACUACCCCUUCAUGCCGGCUGGCAUGGAGGAACUGACUCUGGAACAGAUAAACAAGAAGUCGGAGCUGGAAGAGAAUAUUGACUUUGAGAACGAUUUGCUAAUUAUGCCUCCUGGACUGAAAACGGGAAUGGACUUCAGUGCUAAAGAGGCCAAAACAACAACAAAAGGGGAAGUGAACCUGAUGACCCUCUUAUCGACUUUUGAUGACAUCAUGGAUGAUGCUCCCGAUGGAGAGGAGAAAGAGGGAAAACCAGCAACUGUUGAGACACCAAAACUUCCCCGAACAAAUAGUCUGGAAGACCUCGGAAUUAAGGAGGGUCCUGUGUCCUCUUCUCCUCCUCCUGCCACGGCUGCCGGGAAGAAAGAGGUCAAGGGUGAAGAGGAAGACACAAAGAAGUGGGCCGUACCUGUGGAUAUCACCUCACCGUGCGAGGACUUCUACAAACGGAUCCCUGAUCCGGCUUUCAAGUGGCCGUUUGAACUGGACCUGUUUCAGAAGCAGGCUGUGCUCAAACUGGAGGCCCAUGACUCUGUGUUUGUUGCAGCACACACCUCAGCUGGCAAGACUGUGGUGGCAGAGUACGCUAUUGCACUCUCCCAGAAACACAUGACUAGGACAAUUUACACCUCCCCCAUCAAGGCACUGUCCAAUCAGAAGUUCAGGGACUUCAAGACCACAUUUGGAGAUGUGGGACUGCUGACAGGAGAUGUGCAGAUCAACCCCGAGGCCUCCUGCCUCAUCAUGACCACGGAGAUCCUCAGGUCCAUGCUGUACAACGGCUCUGAAGUGAUUCGGGACCUGGAGUGGGUGAUCUUUGAUGAAGUUCAUUACAUUAAUGAUGCUGAGAGAGGAGUGGUGUGGGAGGAAGUCUUGAUCAUGUUGCCCGAGCAUGUUAGCAUUAUCCUGCUUAGUGCCACAGUGCCCAACGCAUUGGAGUUCAGUGAGUGGAUCGGGCGCAUGAAGAAGAGGCACAUCUAUGUCAUCAGCACCCUGAAGCGGCCCGUUCCCCUGGAGCACUACCUCUACACAGGAAACAGCACCAAGACUCAGAAAGAGCUCUUCCUCUUGAUAGAUGCUGCUGGGAACUUCCUCACUAAAGGGUAUUAUGCAGCCGUGGAUGCCAAAAAAGAGCGCACAAGCAAACAUGCCCAGUCUUUCGGCACCAAGAACACAUCUCAGAACACCACACCCAACCAGGACAAGUCCGUGUGGCUUACACUGCUCAACUUCCUUUCCCAGCGGCAGCAGACUCCGGUCGUGGCCUUCACAUUCUCACGGACGCGCUGUGAUGAAAACGCCCGCUCUCUGGGCACGCUGGACCUGACCAGUGCCACUGAGAAGAGUGAGAUCCACUCGUUCUUCCAGAAGAGCCUGAGUCGUCUGAGGGGAGGCGACCGCCAGCUGCCACAGAUCCUGCUGAUGAGGGACCUGCUGAAGAAGGGCAUCGGUGUGCACCACAGUGGCAUCCUGCCAAUCCUCAAGGAGGUCAUCGAGAUGCUCUUCUCACGGGGACUCGUAAAGGUUCUGUUUGCUACAGAGACCUUCGCCAUGGGUGUGAACAUGCCAGCCAGGACCGUGGUGUUUGACUCCAUCCGCAAACAUGACGGCACCGGUUUUAGGAAUCUGCUGCCUGGUGAGUAUAUUCAGAUGGCGGGUCGUGCAGGCAGGAGAGGUCUGGACGCCACAGGCACCGUCAUCAUCCUGUGUAAGACUGGUGUCCACGACAUGGGAGACCUGCACGUCAUGAUGCUGGGUAAGCCCACCGUGCUGCAGUCUCAGUUCCGCCUCACGUACACCAUGAUCCUCAACCUGCUGCGGGUGGAGGCCCUCAGGGUCACGGACAUGAUGAGGCGCAGCUUCUCCGAGAGCCACAGGGACACGCAGGCUCAAGAGAAGAGGAUCACUCAGCUGAAAGAAACUCUCUCAACUCUCCCUCCUAUGGAUGUGGAGGGUCAGCUGUCGGACCUGCUUUCCUACUACCACACUAUCACCGAGCUUCGCAUUACCAGUCAGGCUCUGCAGGAAGCGGUGAUGGACUCCGUGUCUGGGCUGAAAGCUCUCUCUGUAGGACGGGUCGUCGUCGUCAGCAACUCCCUGCACCUCAACGCCCUCGGCGUCAUCUUACAAGUGUCUAAUGAUGCAGUCAAUCGCACCUUCACCACCCUCAUCAUCUGCGAGAAGGGCAACGAGGAGCCUACAGGAGACACCAUGAACACCAGCGCCCCGCCUCACCUCUACAAUACAGCACUGUUCACUCCAGAGGGCCCCUGCAGUCACACGGUGCAGAAGCUGAAGUCACAGGACAUCUUAGGCAUCACAGUCAAGGCCCUCAAGGUGAUCCCAGAGCGGAUCAUUGACAACUACAGCAAGAGACAGCAGCCACGCUUCAGAAUGGACCCUCCGGGCCAGGCUAUAUCCACAGCAACACAAGAGCUCCUGCGAUUGGCUGAGGCCAACCCAAACGGUGUGGCGACCUUUGACCCUGUGAAUGACCUGCACCUGAAGAGUGUGGAGGUGGUGGAGGGGGUGAUGAGGCAGCGUGUGCUACGGGACUGUCUUAAAGACUUCAAGUGCAUCCAUUCACCCACCUUCUCAGAACAGUUUGCCCGUGUCCAGGAGCGAAUGCGGGUUCAGGAAGAGAUGGAUAAACUCCUCUUCCUCGUGUCCGAUCAGUCUCUCUCCCUCCUGCCAGAGUACCACCAGAGGAUUAAGGUUCUUCAGACACUGCAGUACAUCGAUGCGAGCGGGGCGGUGCAGCUGAAGGGGCGUGUGGCCUGUCAGAUCUCCAGCCAUGAGAUGCUUCUCACGGAGCUGCUGUUUGAAAACACACUCAGCCCUCUGGCCCCCGAGGAGAGCGCCGCCCUGCUGUCCUGCCUGAUCUUCACACAGAAGACCCAGGUGGACCCCCACAUCACCAAUACACUUCAGGAGGGCAUCAAGCAAGUGCUGUGUGUCGCUCAGAAGAUUGGUGACCUGCAGAGGGAAUGUGGGAUAGCUCAGUCCGCUGAGGAUUUCGUGUCUCAGUUCAAAUUCGGCCUGACUGAGGUGGUGUACUGCUGGGCCAGAGGCAUGCCCUUUGCAGAGAUCGCCCAGCUGACGGACGUGCAGGAGGGCACCGUGGUGCGCUGCAUCCAGCGGCUGGACGAGGUGCUGAAGGAGGUGCGGCAGGCGGCCAGGAUCGUGGGAGACUCAGUGCUGGGGAGCAAGAUGGAGAGGGCUUCACUCGCCAUACGCAGGGACAUCGUCUUCACAGCCUCUCUGUACACUCACUGAGACUGGGGGACGUGUGUGUGUGUGUGUGUGUGUGUGUGUGUGUGUGUGUGUGUGUGAGUGUGUGUAUGUGGGGAGAGAGAGAGAGAGAGAGAAGGGGAGAGCCUGUCUGGCCAUCUGAAGGGGACCUUACCCUCAUUGCUCCUCUCUAAACACUGAGGAACAAAUUCAAAGACCAGUUUGUGUGGUUGUGUCCGUAAGACUGACGUUUUCCCGUGUGAUGUUGCUGUGUGUGAGAGAGAGAGAGAGAGAGAGUGUACAGAGCGCACUGCUGGGUCUGACCAAAUGUUUCAAUCUACGAACUUCAGUGGAACACUCCAUGCAUCGUGAUUUACUGUAAUAAAAUGUACAGUAAUAAAAUGAACUGCAUGUAA